UUAAAAUAUGAGAAAUUAAGAAAAAAUCAGUAUUUAAAUAAUUUUUCUUACUGUUUUUCUGAAAAACAGUAAGAGACUGCCAGGAAAAAGUUUAUAUUCGUAAUCUACGACCUCAAAAUAGAGUGUAUACAGAGAUAUAGACUUAUCUCUGGGUAUAUACCAAUUUUUGUGCAAAUCAGAUGAUUUUCAGUUUUCCAAUAAUUUUACUGUAGUGGUCUUUGGUAGUGGUAGAUUUUAACUAUUCAUAAUGGUUCGCCAGUGCGUAGUUUGCAAAAAGGUGGACUAUUGUAAUCCUGGAUUGAUAUUUCGGCGCUUUCCUGUAAAUCCUGAGCGCAGGCAAAGGUGGGUGUCACUCUUGAAUUUGGAAAAUCAGCAUGUAUUCAAGUAUGCCACAAUUUGUUCUAAUCAUUUUGAUAAGAGCGAUAUUAUGGUCACCGAAUUAACUGGUCGAAGGCAAAUAAGACCAAAUGCUGAGCCCCAAAUAGAUACCUCUAUUUUUGAUGAGGCUUUACCUUACAGAACUUCAGCUGCAAGCAUGUUUCAAGAUCCCAAAUGUCAUGAUCCGUCCCAAGAAGUCACCUGUGCAGAACAAAGUAAUCUAGGCUCGCAGACUACCUUGGCUAGUCCCUCAGCUUGUCCUUUAGCUAGUCCCUUGGCUGGCCGUAAAAAUUACAGGAUGUUGCCUAAAACCACAGAAACAGCAUCGAAAACACAAGUUGGAAUUAACUGCCCAACAGAUACUGCUGUAAAUAAAGAAUCAAGAGGUGUGGAACAUGUUACACAAGAAAAUAUUUCAGUAGAAAAUAUAAAUGGAUUAUCACCAGAUAAUAAGUUAGAACUGGCAAAGCAAUUGAAGGAAUCGCAGAAAGAAGUCUAUAGAUGUUCCACAUGUAGUUUCCAAACGCCAUAUAAGUGCAGUCUUUAUAACCACAAGAAAGUUCACUUGUUUGCUUGUGCGCACUGUGGCAACAACUGUAGGUCAAGUGCCAGCUUAGAAGUCCACCUUGCGAUCAAUCAUAUUGAUUCCAGGGCAAAUGAAUUGAAGGAAACGCAGAAUGAGGUCUAUAGAUGUGCCACAUGUAGCUACCAAACGCCAUAUAAGUGCGGUCUUAACACCCACAAGAAAGUUCACUUGGCAUCUGAAGAACGGCAAUUGUUUGCUUGUCUCCACUGUGACAACAAAUAUAGGACAAAACAAAGCUUAGAGUACCACUUUGAAUUUAAUCAUACUGAUUCCAGGGUGAAGAAAUUAACCGUAUCGCAGGACAAGGUCUAUAGAUGUUCUAAAUGUAGCUUCCGAACGGCAUAUAAGGCAAGUCUUAACAAGCACAAGAAAAUUCACUUGGCACCCGAAAAACGGAAGUUGUUUGCUUGUGCGCACUGCGACAAGAAAUAUAAGUCAAGACAGGGCUUAAAUGAUCACCUAGGAUAUAAUCAUAUUAGUUCCAGAAAUGCUGAUUGUAUAUCUGCAACUGAUCAAGUGAUAUUAGAUUCUUUAAAAAUAGAAAUUGAUGAUCACGCUCCGCUCUUGGCAGUAUCAUUUAAAAAUGCUGAAUGUCUGUCUGGCACUAAUGAAGUAAAAUCAGAAGGUAUUUUAAAAACAGAACCGGAUGAUGUCGCUUUGAUUCUGAGUAAAGAGAUGCACAAUGACUUUAAAGGUGCUGAUUGUAUACCUCUAACUCCACAAAUGGAAUUAGAUUCUUCAAAAAUUGAAAUUGUUGAUCACAUUCUGCUUUUGGAUGACUUCAAAAACGCUCAAUGUCUAUCUGGGACUAGUGAAGUAAAAUCAGAAGAAUUCAUAAAAAUAGAACUUGAUGAUGUCGCUUCAACUAUGAAUAAAGAUAUGCACAAUGACUUUAAAAAUGCUGAAUAUCUGUUUGGGACUAAGGAAGUAAAAUCAGAAGAUUUUUUAAAAAUAGAAUCUGAUGAUGAAGACAUGCACUAUGACUAUAAAAAUACCGAAAAUUUUUCAGUAACCAAGGAAGUGAAAUUAGAAGAUUUGAUAAAAAUGGAACAUGACUAUGUUUCUUGAUGACCAUAAGCCUUUUUAGUUGAAGAAGUAAUAAAAAUAUAAUCUAAUGAUGUCACUCCAACUAUGAAUAAAGACAUGCACAAUGACUUUAAAAAUGCUGAAUGUCUGUUUGGGACUAAUGAAGUAAAAUCAGAAGAUUUUUUAAAAAAAUAACCUGAUGAUGAAGACAUGCACGAUGACUAUAAAUAUAAAUAUGUUAUUUACUCUAUAUAUAAAUGUAUUUUUACUAAUGAAUACAUAAUGCUUUAAAUAUUGUUUUCAGAAAUACCGAAAAUUUAUCGGUAACCAAGAAAGUGAAUUUAGAAUGAAUGAGAGGAGGGUUAAUCACCGCGACCUUAAAGAUCAGUUGUCCCUCUUUCUUAAGUUAUAAUAAUAA